AUGGCAGUACCGGUAGUCAGUAAAAGCGGGCUUGCGGCCGAAGCCCUCCAGUCACUUGUUAAGCGGUGCUCUGAAGACCCCAAGCUUGCGAAUGACACUAAUAUACACAUUGUGAUCAACACCGAAAAGCCCAUAGGCAUCAAAAAUGACUAUGUGCCACGCAUAAUUCCACUCACCUCCUGUAAGAUGCACAAACCUAGCGAUCUGCGAAUACUGCUUAUCACUAAAGACCCAUCUACUUUAUACAGAAAAACAUUGACAAAGGACCCUUCUACAGCAGACUUGUUCAAGACCAUUCUUUCCGUGAGAAACUUGAAGGGAAAGUACCGGGGAUCUCGGCUCAGCAAACUAUUUCGAGAGUAUGACCUCGUGGUCGCAGACUACCGUGUUCAUCACCUACUGCCCCAAAUCUUAGGCAGCGCUUUCUUUCACAGCAAUAAAAAGCUCCCGUUCAUGGUAAAAAUGUCACAGGCCGUUAAAGCCAAAAGGGAGAAGCUUCCUGAAGAAUGUGAUGCGGCUUACGUCCGCGCGCAGCUGAGAAGUAUAUGCAAGAAUACUUUUUACGUCCCCAAUGUCGACAACUGUCUGAGCGUAAAAAUCGGAGAAGUUGGUGUCCACACGGUUGAUGAAAUGGUACACAAUAUUGACGAUAUUGUGCGGUUUCUCACGGACAAAAGCAAGAAACCGCAAGGCGGCGUUAUAAGAGGCGAUAUAUCUGCGAUUUUUGUCAAAACUAGCAAUAGCGUAAGUUUGCCCAUCUACAAGGCCGAGAAAAAAUCAGAGGUGCAUGAGGAAGAAGAGCUUCGGCUGUAG